AUGCCACCCCUGGUCAGACUUCGCCGGGCCAAAGGGCAAGAUCUGCCCCAGCUGCUGGAGGUCGAAACAUCAGCGAUGGCGGACGACGAACUCACCGGUCGCUGCUUUCCGGAUAAUGCAAGACCUGCUGGAGUCCAGACCCGGAUGGCUGCAUACCGCAGAGUCCUGCACGAAAUCACCGUGGCCGUACUAACGGACGAUCAAGGCCGCAGCACUGGCAAGAUCCUCGGUUGGGCCCGUUGGGUGCGUCGCCCAGCCCCCACAGCACCAUCCCGAUCAUCCAUGCAGCGACAGCGACCCCUGCGACGUGCCGUGGUCAACCCUGACGACUUCCCAGCCAACGGCGACCAGCUCUUCGCAGCCGGUUACUUCCAGGCCAACCUGGACAACAAGGAAGAGGUUGUCGGCCAGAAUCGCCACUGGUUUCUCAGCACCUUGUUCGUACGCCGCGAGGAGCAGGGGCGAGGGGUGGGGGGUAUGUUGAUCAGCGUGGGCACUGAAGCUGCCGACAAGGAGGGGUGGCCUGCCUACCUGAACUCUUCACCGGUCGGAAAAUGCCUGUACGAACGUUAUGGCUUUAAGACAGUGCGUAUCAGUUGGUUUACGGAGACCAUCACCACUCACCAUAUGGUACGCAAGGCCGUGCCUGGACGUCGCGAGGACGAGCACAGGAAGCACAGGAAGGAUGGGAAGUACGGCGGCAAGUAA